AUGGCUGAUGGUGGCAUGGGUAACGAAUCUACAAAAUGCCCUGCCUAUUCAUCAACUUCUCAGAAAAAGCUACUUUGUUUCUCAAGAACUAUAAAUGUAGAGAGAAAAGCACCCCACCGACAGUGGAGUCGCAGCAGCAUAAUGGAAGGAAAAGUCCCUCACAUAAGGAUGGAGAAUGGCUCUGCUAUUGAGGAAUUCUAUACCUUUGGAAGAGUACUGGGACAAGGGAGCUUUGGAAUGGUCAUUGAAGCUACACACAAGGAAACAGGAACAAAAUGGGCAAUAAAAAAAGUAAAUAAAGAAAAGGCUGGAAGCUCUGCUGUGAAGUUACUUGAACGAGAGGUGAACAUCCUAAAAAGUGUAAAACAUGAGCACAUCAUACAUCUUGAGAAAAUAUUUGAGUCGCCUAAGAAAAUGUACCUUGUGAUGGAGCUUUGUGAGGAUGGAGAACUCAAAGGAAUUCUGGAUAGGAAAGGACAGUUCUCAGAGAAUGAGACAAGGUGGAUCAUUCAGAGUCUUGCAUCCGCUAUAGCAUAUCUUCACAACAAGGAUAUAGUACACAGAGAUCUAAAACUGGAAAACAUCAUGGUUAAAAGCAGCUUUAUUGAUGCUAACAAUGAAAUGAACUUAAACAUAAAGGUGACUGAUUUUGGCUUAGCAGUAAAGAAACAUGGUUCCAGGAGUGAGGGCAUGAUGCAGACCACAUGUGGGACUCCUAUCUAUAUGGCACCAGAAGUUAUCAAUGCCCAUGACUAUAGCCAGCAGUGUGACAUUUGGAGCAUAGGUGUCAUAAUGUACCUCUUGUUAUGUGGAGAACCACCCUUUUUGGCAAAUUCAGAAGAGAAACUCUUUGAAUUAAUAAGAAAAGGAGAGCUACAUUUUGAAGAUCCAGUCUGGGAUUCCAUAAGUGACUGUGCUAAAAGUGUUUUGAGACAACUUCUGAAAAUAGAUCCUGCUCACAGAAUCACAGCUAAGGAACUACUAGAUAGCCAGUGGUUAACAGGUAAUAAAGUUUCUUCGGUGAGACCAACCAAUGUACUGGAAAUGAUGAAAGAAUGGAAAAAUAACCCAGAAAGUGAUGAGGAAAACAAGACAGAUGAGAAGACUAAUUGGUCCUUUCAAGAAAAAUUGAAAAGCAAUCAAUUCAGGAAAAAGUCCCAUGAUGUCCAUAACACUUCACUUGAGAAGGAAGAAAAACAGUCCACUGCUGAUGAAAAGAAGAUAGUUACAACUAAUAAGAAAGCAAAUACAGACAACUGGGGCUCUUCAAGCUCCAAAUAUAGCAAAUUCCUCCCAGCUGAACUCAAGGAAGAACUAGGGAAAAACCCUGGGACUUCAAGCCAAGGAGUAGCAACCAAGCCCCCUGCUAAAUCCACUUCUCUGUCUCGAGGCAAAAAAAAAACCUAAGAUCCCCUCCCAUGCUGAACUGUACAAAAACAAGAUGCUCCUUCUAGUGCCAACAGGAGUAUUAGAAGGGCAAGGAUGGCCUUUUAACUCCACUGAGCCCUGCCAUGUGUUUGUACCAGUUUAAAAUUGAAGCUAGUUAUCUCCAAAGCAGCGCAAACUGCACGGGGCAUGACAGCCUCCAAUCAUCCUGAUGGUUGCUGCAGCUGAAAUCAACUCAAGGUAUUUGAGGGUUGUUUAGGGGACAGAUGCCCUUGGGGCAUAGCUGUGGGCAUACUUGCUCUGUUCUGUUUCACCUCCUUAUAUUUAGGCACAGUUAUUUAUAAGGAAAAACAAGAGGCCCAAUAUGGCAGUGGAAGGCCCGAAUAAUUAUGUGCGCUUGCAGUAGAAGACUUUGUUAGGAAAUGACUAACAAACCUGCCCUAGGCAGAAGUGCUUCAGUCCUUUGCAUGUGUCCUUGUGAUUUUAGUUGCUAUAGAUUGCUUAAGACAACUUCUUUUAAACAUAGAAAUAUAAGAUGUUUUGUAACUGCUUGCCAUUCACUUGCUGCUAAAAAUAUUGAUUAAAUCAUUUCAUUGUGUUGAUAAAAAUCAA